AUUCUGAGUCUCCAAAACAACUUAAUAUCUAGGAUCCACAACGUUGCCUUCCGCGGUUUCAUAAACUUACAAACAUUGGAUCUGUCACAAAAUCUGAUUCAGCGCAUUGACGUGAACGCUUUCAGUGGACUAAGACGUUUGAAGAUGUUGAAUCUUUACGAUAAUUUUAUUGCACUGUACAACAACUCGCAUGCUGACGAAAUAUUUGCUGACCUUCAUAGCCUCAGAGAGCUGCACCUUCAUGGUAACUUCGGGCACCAGACCAACCAUCAUCAGACUACUCCUUGCCAUCAACCAAAUCUACCAGAUUAUCCCGAUGGGGCACUUUCAAGAAUCGCAUCCCUUGAAAAGAUUUUUAUGGACGGACUUCCGGCACCAGCUUAUCCUGGAAAAGGAUUUCGAAAUCUAACUAAAUUAUCAUUCGUGUACUUUGGGGCGUUAGCAGGGAGUAAAUGCUUCAUGGGGGAAAUGCUGGAGAACUUCUUUUCAAAUUUUGCAACCAGAAAACCACUGGAACUUGUGUUUGACUAUUGCACGAUUUCAAGGAUCCACCCUGCAGCAUUCGCCCGAGUUUCUUCUCUUCAAAACCUUAGCCUCAUUUACAGUAGGCUUAACUUUGAAAAUUUCACCGAGGCUUCCGCAAGCCUUAAUCAAACUCACACAAAGAAACUUGAUUUGUCAGGGACACACAGCGGGCCGGAUAAAUUUGUUCAGAUCAGGUCGGAAUGGUUCGUUCAUCUAAUGAACACUUCACUACAGAUACUCAUUUUAGAUCAUAAUUCAAUUAUAGAUUUCGAACCCAGAUUUUUUACCAUUCUCCCCAGGACGAUUACGUCCCUUUCACUUGUUGAUAACGCCAUAAUAACCCUGACUUUGCUCUACUCCAUAAAUUGGAUGACAAGUCUUCAAAUAUUCGAUGGAAGAUCUCAGAAUAAUUACACGGCUGAUCUUGGGUUUUCUUCUAAUCAAACGGGACAAAUUAUCUCCAAUAAAACAUUUAAUGGUGAAAAGAGAAUAGAGCAACUAAUUACCUUGAAAGUAUUAUAUCAUCUUCAAGAAAGUUAUUGCCCGACUUACCGAGUACCGAGAACGUAUUUCACGGGGGAGAGAGUGUUUAAGACGUCAUCAAAAAUGUCUGCAACCAAAAACUGGGAGAGUGGUUACAUUUUUCCUGACUUAAAUAGGACGCAUAACACCACAGUCAUGUUGCCUGAAAGUUUGACAGAGCUGCGCCUCGGCAAUGUAAAGCUUGGCUACGCCGUUCCACGUAUAAACAUAUGGCGCAGUGUCCUCUUGUACCUAGAUCUGUCUAACAAUUAUCUGUGGUGCUUAGAUGGUCCGUUGCUGGGCUUGAAGAAACUAAAGGUAUUGGAUUUAUCCAAAAACGACUGCAUUGCUUUGAGCCCGUACUUCUUUAGCGACAUGCCAGAACUGAGGGCACUUUUAUUACAAUAUAACACCAUCGGGCCGUCCCUAGAAGCUGAUAAAGACGGCGAGACGUUUUCAAAACUUCUCCGUCUCGAAUAUAUUGAUGUCUCUCAUAAUGCUAUUCGUACUCUCCACCCUAAAGUGUUUAAGCAAUCAGCAAAUCUACAAACGAUUCUGCUAAACAAUAAUGCCCUACAGGUCUUUGACAUCGACGUUGGAAGCUUGAACAAAUUAACUCUGGUCGACCUCUCCGCCAACGCUCUUGUGACGCUGCCCAAGCGAAUGAUGACGUCACUCGACACGCUUGCGCUAAGUAGCCCUAAUUUAACACUCGAUCUCCAUGACAACGAUCUUCUAUGUGACUGCUCCAAUACUGAUCUUAUCACGUGG